AUGAGAAUACGAUACGAUACAACUCGUCAAGACCAAUCUUCUAUGGAACAAAUGAUAUACAAGUUUGCCGUGGCAGUAGUGCAGCCUAGCUUAUGGUCUGGAGAGCAUAUUGCCAGAGGCGAACCAAGAGCAACGGCUUAUAAUCCCAACGGCCAUGUUUCAUGGUACUCCCGAGGUGACUUGGGCUGGACCCUCCAAUGUCCCAACGUGUUUCGACUUCGUGUUGUCCGGCUUCCCCGCUGUUGA